AUGAUUUUCAACAGAGGCGAAGGUAGCUUCGGUGUCAAUGUCGACAACACUCCUCCAUAUGCAUCGUUGGGAAUGGCACACUUCCUGUUGGUAAGAAUACCUUGGGAGCACAGCAACGCCGUAGGCGCCGACCAUGUCCAGGGGACCCGUGGAUGCCUUAAUUUUACUUUUCCUUUUGUCCAUGCUUUCAUUUCAUUUAAUUGGCGAUGCGCUGCUCAAGUACAAGUCUAUCAUCCUUGCCGGAUGGGUCUUGUAAGUGCAACCUCUUUGCGUGUCUUUGAUCAACCAGAUAUGUCGGCGAAAGUUGAUACCAAAUGA